UCUCGCGGGCCGUAUACGGCCCGGGGACCGGAGAUUCCCCACCCCUGGUUUAAAGCCUGCCGUGUUUAAUAAUUAAUCUCGUCGUUUUGAGAAAUGUUGUGAGAUUAAAGACGCGAAGAAGCGCUUGAUGAAGUGUUUACGGUGGCUUCUCGUGAAAGAAGCCCGUUUAUCGUUUUAAGUCUGGGGGUUUGUACUUCUUUCUUCAUAACACACGUGUGUUGACGAUGUCUGUCAUGUUACAUAGGAUAUUGCGACCCGCGUUGAAACAGGCUCAGCUGCUGUCAGCAGUCAAAAACAAGCAGCCACUGUGGAGGCACGAGACGCUGGUCCGCGUGAGCUCUGCGUGCGAUGCAACUAUUCGGUCACUCGAAGACUGUCUCGAGGUCAACUAUGGAGGGGCGCCGAUGCGGUUCAACUACGUGUGGCUGAGGGAUCACUGCCGCUCUGACGCUUCAUACAACUCCAGCACUAACCAGAGGAACCUGGACACUGCGAGUAUAGACCUCUCCAUCCGCCCUGACAACACAACUGUGCAAGAUGGCCAUCUGGUCCUCACCU